AUGGUGGACAAGCCGUACCGAUCUGUCGUCGGGAGCAUCAUGUACCUCAUGAUUAGCACCCGACCAGAUUUGGCUUACGUCGUCCAGCAGCUCAGUCAGUUCUUAACGAACCCCGGCCCAGUCCAUUGGCAGGCAGCCAAGCGAGCACUUCGUUAUAUUCGAGGCACGAUCGACUACGGUCUCGUCUUGGGUGAUCUCAGACGUCAGUUUCAAAAAACAAAAAUGGCAACUAAAGCGGCCACCCGAGCUGCUUCGAAGCGAUCAGCGCCAAACUGGAACGACAAAGACGUCGAAAUCCUGCUAGACUGCAUCCAGGAUCUCGUCCCACUUGGUCAUAAUGGUUGGGUCAAAGUCACCCAGCAGUUUAACGCGCACAACAACGUGGCAUUUGCACGGGACUGGGAGGCGUGUAAACGGAAAUUUACGUUCCUCAAGUCGGUGAAGAAACCAACUGGUGACCCAGACUGUCCACCACUCGUCGUCCGAGCCAAGCGCAUUCAGCGUGACAUCGACAGUCGAGCGGCGGUCGAGGUCUUGGGCGACGAAGGCGAGAUGAAUGCGGAUAGUCUCAAAACAUACUUCGACCAAGACGUCGACCACAUGACAACUCUCGACGUCACGCCGGAUGUGAAUGUCUCGGAAAGCGUCGCGGAAGAAGGCGACAAUGAUGACAGUCAGAUGGACGUCACCGACAACGUCGAUUUCAAGGAAGAAAUUGACACAAGCCAAACGUUUCUUCCUCUAAAGCGACAAAAGACGUCUUUAAAAGAAAAGCCAAACCGUUCAGGGUUGUCUCAAGAUAGUCUACGCCAACUUGGGAAGCGGCUUAGUAAGGUGUCGGAAGGAACGCCAUCAGCGUCCUCAUUGUCUGCGGUGGCGAAACGGCGCCAAAGUUUGGAUGCAUUUAUUGACCAGGCCGGCAAGCAACAAUCAGCGAGUAAUGACAUGAUGUCGAUGUUUUGUCUUAUGGAAGAUCGCAAAGAAAAGCGCCAAGACGAGCGCGAAGAACGUGAGCGGCAACAAGAGCGGCAACAAGACAUCGCCCGCGAAGAGCGAGAAUAUCAGCAACAGUUGCUGCGUGAUGAGCGUGAAGAGCGCAGACUGAGCGAUGAAAACGAGUACCGCGCUCGCCAAGAACAAUUCCAGAUGGCAAUCAUGAUGAAAUUGCUUGGAGAUACGCCAAAAAAGUAG